GAACUCCUCCUCCUGCACCUACCUCUCCCGACAGGGGAAAGCACGGGACUGAGCCAGCAUAUGCACUCUCCAGCGUCACCCUGCGCCAGGACGCCUGGCCAUGCGCCAGGGGCCCUGCGCUGGGCUGCUGCAGUUGGCGCCUCAGAGAACGCACAAAAAAAGCAUGCUCGGAUGCCGCCCAAUGGCAGACAACGAGGAGCGCUGGAGCGCGUGAGCAAAAGCGGAGGCCUAGUCGACCAGAUGCCGCCUGCCAGCAGAGGGAGGAGGAGGAGGAGGAGGAGGAGGAGGAGGAGGAGGAGGAGGAGGAAGAAGAGGGGGAGCACUGGAGCAAAAAAGAGACCGUUCUAUCGCGUGAGCGGAAGCGGAGGCCUUGUCGACCACGCCGCCGCUGCGGUGCCAUCCACAGCUCGCCGUCGGACGCGCACGGUAAAGACUGCAAGCCGCGAGCGGAGGGAACGGAACGCCCGGCAGACAUGGAGCUUCGAAGGCUGGUCCGCCACAACGGGGAAGUGUGCCUGCCUCCAAUCGUGCGCUUGCUCGCGCGUGCGCCGUGCGCGGAGGCAGGAGGACCAGCGCCAGAAGCUGCGAGGCUGGCCACGGGCAACAGAGUCCGUCGCAUCAGCUGCGCGGCUGACCUGUGGGGGCAGCAGCUCGAAACACACGCAGUGUCUGCACCUCGGUCCCUGUGCGGCAUCGCCUGGCUGCGUGGCGGACGUAUUGGGGAGAGCAAAAGGAUGCCGCUACUCCCCGGACCUCUCCCACAGUGCGUUCUGACCAGGAUUUCGAGGCGAAUCCAGCGGUGGUGGUGAGGGCCGCCCAGGACGCCCAAAAAGGGGAAAACGAG